AUGGCCUUGAUGAAGAGGAGACAUAAGUGUUCGAAGUGUCCUAAAUCCUACGCGUACAAGCAUGAUUUGACGAGACCUGAGAAACAAUGUGGUGAAAAAUGGGUAAAGAUGCCUUGCGAUUACUGUGGUUAUGCUACGGUUGAUGUUGAUCGCCUAAAGCAGCAUUUGCGCAAGGCUCAUGGGCUGAAUAGACCUGUCACGAUUGGCGUAUUGAGUAAAUUAUUAGUGAUCAAAAAGGAUCCCGUGUACGUUCUGGACGAAUCUUCAUCUGUAAAAGCUUACAAACGUGUCUAUCAAACGGUGGACGGGCAACUGGUAGACCUUGACCUCGUGGAUAAAAGUCAGAUUCAAAUAGCAGAAGAAGUCUGUGAGGAAAAAUCGCCAAAGGAAAAUCCAAUGAAAGGUAACUAUCGUCGAACCUGGGACUGUCCGCACUGCUCGUUCUCAACGUUAUACGGCUACUCUCUGAGAUCCCAUAUACUUAAUCAACACAAAACUAACAGGAAAAAAUCAGCGAAAGCUAAAAAAGAGCCGACGAUAUUCGAGUGCGAGAUGUGUGGCAAAAAGUACAAGCAAUUCAAGUUCCUCAAGGCACACAUCAAGUCGUUCUGCGGCAAAGCGAGUGGUGACUUCAAAUGUGAACACUGUCCCUUUGUUACGAGAAGAAAAUAUCCCAAUCUCUAUAAUCACAUGAAAAAGCACUCUGAGAUGUUCAAGAAAAAAACGUACAAGUGCAGCGACUGUGACAAAAAAUUCAAGCUUAAGAGUUUAUUGAAUAAACAUAAUAAGAAAUGCGGCGGCAAAGAUUGGGAUUAA